AGUACAAUUGUAGACUCCACAAUGGGUAAUAUGAAGCAAAAUCUAACUAUAGAAUCAGAAAACUAUAAUGUAAAUGCUUUGGUAAAAAAAUUACCCAACUUAACGACCAAGAGUCAUCUCACUUUAAGAAGGAAUAAGUUAUUCUAAUGAAGCAUGUGUUCAUACUGCUUUACUAGACAUAUUAGUUAAAAGCACAACUUAAAGACCUGUUUCUAAACCUUGUGAAGUAAGUACAAAAAAAUAAGGAAGAAAGAAAAACAUAUCCAAUGUCUAUUACUUCCCAGACAUGUAAAAAAAUAAUUUUGAAAUACAUAUACCAAUUUUGUCCAUUAUCCACCCCACAUGCUCGCACACACAAAAGCAAGGGGAAAAGGACCCUUUGUAUUGAUUGCAGCAAAUUCUAUUGAAUUUUGAUGCAAUUUUCUAUACUUUUUAUAUCAAUAAAAUCAUGAUGUUUAUCAUUUUGUAUUUGCCUAAUUAUUUGUUCUCUAAUUAUAUGACACUAGUCUUAAUGGAAGAUUCAACACAAGGAAAUGACAAGGUUCAAGGAAGAUGUACUGAAAAAUAUGAGAAAUGGACGUGAGAAGAAAGCAAUGAGCUUUUAAAACUCAUGGUUAAUGCUGCCACGCGUGGUUGGUGUGACAGUAAUGGUGUGUUGAGCAAGAUAACUGUUGAAAAACAUAUACUUCCUUAUCUUAACCAAAAACUUGGUGUUGAAAAGACCUAUGCCCAAUAUAAAAGUCAUAUAAAAUGGUUUAAAAAACAGUACAAGUAUUCUAAGCUUAUGCGUCAUAACUCUAGGUUUGGAUGGGAUCAUGUAAUGAAGAAAUUCACUGCUAGUGAUGAACCAUGGGGCGAUUACUUUAUGUCACAUCCCGAAGAUAAAAGUUAUCGCACAGAUACUUUUCCAGACUAUGAAGAUUUGAGAAUUGCAGUUGGAAGUGGGAUGGCUAUUGGGACACACUCAAUUGCAUUAGGGGAUGAUACUGAUGCAAGAACAUUUCAUACUGAAGAAAGAAGAGUCAGUGAUGGUUUAAUAGACGACUUCAUGUAUGAUCCUAAUACCGAGGCAUUUAUAGUAAACGACAAAUAGGAUCCUAUAAGUUCAGAGCUUUCCCCAUCAAUUCGAAAACGAAGUAGAACAGAAUUUGAAGCAAAAUCUAGUUCAUUUGAGCCCAAACUACUCAGCCAAACAUGAUAGACAAACUUGCUGGUACAGUUGACAAGAUCACCCAACCAAUUGAAUCAAUUGACACUAGAGAGCCUAAUUGUUGGAACAUUAUCAAGGAAAUCCCAAACUUGGACGAAGAUGAUCGUUUCAAGGUCCUUGAUUUGCUUAAUACAAAAGCAAAAAAUUCUGAGUUCUUGAGCAUGACGCCAGAAAAACGUUCUAAAUGGAUAACAUUUAAAUUAAAUUGACGCUUUGUUUUUUGGACAUGAUUGGUAGUAAUUUUUAAAGUUUUUGAAUUGUUCUUAGAUUUAUUCAUUGACUGUAUUUUUUGAUAUUUUAUGAAUUUGAUGAUAAUUGAUUUGUCUUUACAUGA